AAAUCGUCAUUUUACAUCCGGCUUGGCUAAAUCGAAACUAGACAAGUUUUAACUUCAUUUGAUUUCCUCAAGCCUACCUCUGAGAAUGUAUACAUAAACUCCUAAUGGAAGAUAGUGGAGGACAAGAGAUCCAAGAGACGAAUGAAAAUGAAGAUGAAGAGGCAAACGACGCUGUCAAAACUUUAAAAGAAGUCAGGGCAAGUCUCAAUGAGAAUGGGAGGGGGCAACUUGACCCAGAGAUCCGUGAGGUUGCUGAGGAAUGCACACAGAGGGGAGACUUGAGUUUGAAAAUUUUGUUAGAAAUAAAUAGAAAUUUUGUCAACGUUGUGGCUGUAACUCUUGGUUUUAACCUUGAAACGACAAAGAAGAUCGUCAGUAUAUUCAACAUGUGCUGGACCAAACAAGGUUUAGCAGAGAAGAUCAUAAAAGAGGUUUAUACUGAAGAUGAAGAUGAAACACCUGAAGUUGAUGAACAGAUGCCGAUUGAAAUACAAGGAAUGGAGGAUAGUGCUAUUGCUUUGUAUGCAAAAGCGUUGAAUCAAGGGUUUGAAGAGGUUCAGAGGAUUCGUUUGAUGGUUGUUGGAAUGUUUUCUGUAGGCAAAACUUCGCUAGUAAAUAACCUGGUUGAAGACCUUUCGAAUAAGAAACCACCAGAAGUUUUAGAAGAAGAUCAGUUUCCACCAAGUACAGAAGGAAUAGAUGUCCAUUUGUGUAUAAUUGAUCAACAAAACAAGUGGAGAAAACAGCAACUUUCAAGAAAACCACUCUAUGAGGACAGAUUGACACAGGCUCAAUUUGAAGAUCUCCCUACCGUACACGAUGAACACAUGGACUUUUCGCGUUCAGAAGACUAUUAUGAGGAGGAUGAAGAAACACCAAUGAAAAAUGUCAUUGAUGAUCAAGAAGACCAACCUACGCUAGAAACGAAUAAUGAUUUUAAAAGGGUAUAUCAAAAUGUACAGCAACGCAAAAAUGAACCCGAUGUAAAAGCAGUCCUUGAGGUAUUUAAAGAAAAGAACAAUGAAGAGAAUGAAAAGCCAGUUGAUGCAAAACCUCCGAUUACUGGGAGGGAACCUUUGGUAUCUGUUUGGGACUUUGCUGGACAAAAUCUGUACUAUUCAACUCACCAUUUCUUCUUGAACAAGCGCUCCAUAUAUUUGCUUUUGAUGAAUAUGACAAAAUCGCUCGAUACAGAUGUUGCAGAAAGUGCUUCACUGUCAGGUCUUUUGCACAAACACUUUACAUGUUUGGAUUCAUUCAAAUUCUGGCUCAAUUCCAUUCAUAUGUAUAGUUCGAUUCAUGAUCAGGAGUACGAGGUUCACCCAACAGUCAUACUUGUUGGAACACACAAAGAUAAAAUGAAAUGCAGCGAAGAAGAUAAAGAAGACAAAAUGAAUGAAUUCUUCGACAAAGCUUUGGAAUCGUUCAUAGACACCCCAAUUCUAAAACACAUACACGAAAAAAAGUUUCUUGUUAACAACCUCCAAGAUAGAGAUCCAGUGUUUAAUGAACUCAGAGCUGAAGUAAAGAUGCUAGCUGAAAAACAACAUUACUGGAAUGAAAAAAGCCCAGUUAGUUUUAUAGAAUUGGAGAAAUCGUUUGAUACCAUGCGUGAAGAAGGCAAGGAACUCAUCAAUUAUACAGAUGUUCAAGCAGCCAACAGGAACAACAUAAAGACCGUUGACGAACCACAGCUACGUUUGUUUCUUGAAUUGCAACACAUGUUCGGAAAUAUUUUACACUUCGAUACACCGGAGCUCAAACAGUUUGUUAUACUGGCUCCUAAAUGGAUUAUUGAAGCAUUCAAAUGUUUCAUUACCCACAAGCACACGCACAACAAAAAACCAGAACAUCUACAUCUUUGGAAAGAGUACAAACUAUGUGCAAUUAUCAAGCCUCCUCUUCUGGAAGAAAUUAUCCAACGUAGCAAUGAACGGAUCAGAAUUCAUGGCAAGGCAGUAAUACAAUAUAUGGAGCAUUUGAAUGUCAUGGCAAAGCCACUAUGCACAGAAGAACUAGACGACGAAGAUGAUGAUGAUGAUGACACAUCAACUGUAGCCGAGAACAGAAAGGUCUGCUUGGACAGCAAAAGCCAUAAGCCUGAAUUUUCGUUCUACAACACAAAGAUGCUAGACUUUCAUAUUGUCCCCUGUCAACUUCAAGCAAAACCCGAUGACGAAAUCAUUGAAAAAAUAAAGAGUCCCUCAAACUGGCAUACGACUCCCGCUCUUUGCUUUGUCUUUAACGAUAAUUUCAUGCCCCCAGCAGUGUUUCAUCGACUACUAGCUGCUUGUAUUCGAAGCUGGGAAAUCGCGAAGGACAAAACUAGGUCAGAACAGCGGCAAAAGCCUAACGAACAGACAUUGUUGUUCAAUGGUAUAGGCGUUUUUAAAACAUGCAAACGCUCACAGCUUCGUAUUUGGUACCACGACCACAUAAUUUAUGGUCGAAUGGCCUUCAUGUCACAAUGCAAAGAUCCAGAAAAAGCCAUCGAUAAGGUGCUCUGUCAGAAUGUAAGAAGAACACUGUAUAAACACCUGAUGGCGAUUCUAGGUCUAUUACCAAGGUCAAAGCAUAUCACAAAGACUGCGCCCUAUGAAGAAUACAUACAAUGUCCGAAGUUGACAGACCACAACUGCGGCCUAUUCAGAGUGAACGAUUUUAUCAUUGAUGGCGAAAUGAGCUGCGAUGAAGGCCAUGAUUUGGAUGAAGCACACCCGAUUGAAAAGUCGUCAGUUCUCAAAUACUGGUUCAGUGAUGCCAUGAAAGAAAUGGAGGAAAUUCAAUUAGAGAAUUUAUUUGAAGGCAUCGAUUUGGAAAAGGUUCCAGAAGAUGAUGAGCUGUCUGUCAUUGGCCGGGGUCUUGCAAAAAGUAAAGAGUUCUGGCUCCUAGGUAUAGAACUGGGCAUCAAACAAGUAACGAUGGAACUUCUUAAAAGGGAUCAUUUUAAAGUAUCAAGGGAAACUUUUAUUUACCACAUGCUGUAUGAAUGGAAAAAAACGAAACAAGAACCCCUGUCCAAGCUUGUACGUAAAAUACACGCUGUUCACAAGAAUUCUACCGAAGAGCUUGGAAGCAUUUUAGAAUGCCUGAAGGAGCAACAGCAGAGGGUGAUAUAGAAAGUCACUGAAGCUCAGAAGGAGAGACACUGCAGAGGAGAACGGCUCAAUGUGAAUGUAGCAACAUCCGAAUUAAUACGUUAACUUUUGAUAAUGGAUCUGCUCGAUGUGUUAUCAUUAACCUAUGUUAUUGCCAUGUUUGGACACUACUAAUUGAUUAUGUUCUAAUGCAAUGUUUAUACAUUUUAAUUAUUUUUUACAAAUGUGUUGAGCAUGUCCUGACAGUAAGAUUCGAAUUUAUUCGUCCAUACGUGACACUUUAUAGGUAUUUUGGUCAGCAUGGUUUGUUGUGUAUUUUAGUCACAAUUCACCUGGACUGUCAAGUGUAUGGCCAUUGACUUACAUGUAGUACACUUUGGGCUGAAAAAUGAUGUGUCGCAUAUUACUCUAAAAUCGUUGUUUUCUGACCUAGGUUUUUGUUCAUUUCUGUCAUUUCUUUUCACAUUUAACACCUUAAAUCCACAACUUUAUUUAAACAUUACCGUGUCAGUGAUUGUGACCGGAGUUUGUUUAAGUGAUUAUUUCCUCAAACCCUUCGACAAACCCGGCCCCUAACUAAAUUUUUGACAGUACAGACCGAAGGCGGUGUUCUGUAAGCGGCGUAGACUGUGCUAUGUUGCAUUUAAAAUGGCGAAAAAAUAGUCAAGUUAUCUUUGUUUUAUGUCUUCAUUUUAAGCAAAAUAUUGCCUUCCGACGUAGCAUAUAUGACGUAAUUUAUCACGUGGUAUGCACCUACUGGUGAUAGCUUUAGUCAUUUGAAGAUUAAUAACAUAUCAUUUAAUGGGUAAUAAGUUUUCUAAAGCCUUGUUCAAUUAAAAAUAAUUCGCCGUUCCAAAGUUUAUACAAACUUUCUACACUGUUAAAUGUUCUAGUAUCAACAACUGAAUCUAGAUCUACACGUAAUAUCAAUAGUCAGACCUUUAGGACUCGCCGAUAUUUAUUUUUCAAACCACUAUUCAUCCAUCUGUCACUCUUUAUAUGUGCUUCAACACCAAAAAGAUUAACGUUUGACUUGCUUGUUUUUUGCCUGCUGAUCGAGACAACAACUCUGGAUUUUUAAAUUUAAUAUCUGAAACUUGUCGUUCAUAGUAAUUUUAUGUGGACAAACUAUUCACAACAGAAUAUUUGUAAAUAUUUUUCUUCGUUUAAUGUCUUUCGAAAGUUUUUUUAUUAUUAUUUAUGUAUUGAUUUUAUUUUUUCUUGCACUUAAUGGAUAAUUUAUGGAUUAUUCUUUUGCUUCUUAAAGUAAAUAUGCGAAAUUGAUAUGUUUACGAUAAUUGUUAUAUGAUGUACAGCAGCCAAUUGUAUAAAACUUUUAUAAGUUGUCCACUGGUUAUCUUUUUAGAAAUCACCAGAGCUGCGGGUCUGUUGCCUUGGAUGACAUUGACCUAGCUUGCUCUUUUCACAUACUUUUUUGUUUGAAUUAUAACUAUGCAAUUUAGACCACGUGAUCCGUUUGCAAAUAUUUAUUCAGUUGCAAUAAACAGUAAAUUCAGUGGAUGACCUUGAUGUGAAAUUUGACCUACAUUCUUACCUUUGAAGCUACAGCAAUGAAAGUUGGGCUAUGCGUACAGUUUUUACCAGCAAAUGUAAACAAUUUCCUCGCAUGACCUAUGCCAAGCUUUGAAAGUCGAAAUAUAAUAAAUAAAUUGUAUUGUAUCAGGUA